AGUAUCGUCUUUUCUGACGGGGUGAUAUUUCUCCCGCCAAAAGCUAGUACGUCAAUUAGGCGCGUGAAAUGGAGGGUUUUGACGAUCCGGGUGUAUUCUUUUCUGAUAAUUUUGGAGGAGAUGACCAACAAAGUGACAUACAUUUAAACUUGCAAGGCGUGAAGAGGAAGUUCAAAGAAUUUCUCAAGCAGUUUCAUGAAGGAAAUUUCAAUUACAAAUACAGGGACGAGUUGAAGCGGCAGUACAACCUGGGGCAGUACUGGAUCGAGAUCAACAUAGAGGACCUGGCGAGCUUCAACGAUGUCCUGGCCGAGAAGCUCUACAAGCAGCCCACGGAGCACCUGCCGAUGCUGGAGGAGGCGGCCAAGGAGGUGGCUGACGAGGUGACGGCCCCCCGGCCCGAGGGGGAGGAGGCGGUGGAGGCCAUCCAGGUGCUGCUGAUGUCGGAGGCCAACCCCUCGUCUCUGCGCGACCUCAAGUCGGACGUGGUGUCCCAGCUGGUGAAGGUGCCGGGCAUAGUGAUCGCGGCGUCUGGCACCCGGGCCAAGGCCACGCAGAUCGCCAUCCAGUGCCGGUCCUGCCGCAACGUCGUUCCCAACCUGCCGGUCAAGCUGGGCCUCGAGGGCUACGUGCUGCCCAGGAAGUGCACCACGGAGCAGGCCGGCCGGCCCAAGUGCCCCCUGGACCCGUUCUUCAUCGUCCCGGACAAGUGCAGCUGCGUGGACUUCCAGGUGCUGAAGCUGCAGGAGCUGCCCGACUCCAUCCCCCAGGGCGAGAUGCCCCGCCACCUGCAGCUCUACUGCGACAGGUAUAUAUGCGAUCGAGUUGUCCCUGGAAACAGGGUGGUCAUCCUGGGAAUUUUCUCCAUUAAGAAGGUUUCCAAGCCACAGAGGGGGGCGGCCAAGGGCAAGCCCAUCGUGGGGGUGCGCGCCCCGUACCUGCGGGUGGUCGGCAUCCAGGUGGACGGCGAGGGCUCCGGCCUCAGCUGCACCCGGCCCGUGACCCCCGACGAGGAGGACGCCUUCCGCCGCCUGGCGGCCAGCCCCGGUCUCUACGAGCGCGUGAGCCGCUCCGUCGCGCCCAGCAUCUUCGGGGCGGCCGACAUCAAGAAGGCCAUCGCCUGCCUGCUGUUCGGAGGCUCCCGCAAGCGCAUGCCCGACGGCCUGACGCGCCGGGGCGACAUCAACGUGCUGCUCCUGGGCGACCCCGGCACGGCCAAGUCCCAGCUGCUCAAGUUCGUGCAGCGCGUGUCGCCCAUCGGCGUGUACACGUCGGGCAAGGGCUCCUCCGCCGCGGGGCUCACCGCCUCCGUCACCAGGGACCCCGCGACGCGCAACUUCGUGAUGGAGGGCGGGGCCAUGGUGCUGGCGGACGGCGGGGUGGUCUGCAUCGACGAGUUCGACAAGAUGCGGGAGGACGACCGGGUGGCCAUCCACGAGGCCAUGGAGCAGCAGACCAUCUCCAUCGCCAAGGCGGGCAUCACCACGACCUUGAACUCGCGCUGCUCGGUGCUGGCGGCCGCCAACUCCGUCUACGGCCGCUGGGACGAGACCAAGGGCGAGGAGAACAUAGACUUCAUGCCCACCAUCCUGUCCCGCUUCGACAUGAUCUUCAUCGUGAAGGACGAGCACGACGAGCAGAGGGACAAGACGCUGGCGAAGCACGUGAUGAACGUGCACAUGAAUGCCGGCCGGGCGACCGACGAAGCUGAGGGCGAGCUGUCUCUGAUGCUCCUGAAGAAGUACAUCCAGUUCUGUCGAUCGACUUGCGGGCCGCGGCUGUCCGAGGCGGCCGGCGAGAAGCUGAAGAGCCGCUACGUGUUGAUGCGCUCGGGGACCCGCGAACACGAGCUGGAGACUGACAAGAGGCACGCCAUCCCCAUCACUGUGAGGCAGCUGGAGGCUGUGAUCCGCAUCUCGGAGAGCCUGGCCAAGAUGCAGCUGCUUCCGUUCGCGACGGAGGUCCACGUGAACGAGGCCCUGCGGCUGUUCCAGGUGUCGACGCUGGACGCCGCCAUGUCGGGCAGCCUGGCCGGUGCUGAGGGCUUCACGUCGCAAGAGGACCACGAGAUGCUACUGCGGAUAGAGAAGCAACUGAAGAAAAGGUUUGCCAUUGGCUCGCAGGUUUCUGAACACACGAUCGUUCAGGAUUUUCUCAGGCAGAAAUACCCAGAACGAGCCAUCUACAAAGUAAUUCACACCAUGAUACGUACCGGGGAACUGCAGCAUCGAAUGCAACGAAAAAUGCUUUUCAGGCUCAUGUGAUAUAUUUGGGCCGUUGUGUUUAAAGUGUAAUGUCUUUGUACCGUCACAUUAUUCAUUAUACUAUUUCCUGAAAAUCUAAACUAAUAAAGUUAUUAUAAUGCAGUAUUUUUUCAGCGUAA